AUGCUUCAUACCUCAGGUAUAACUGCGGGUAAUACUCCGUCAGGCUACCAUGAGGCCUCCCAAGCCGUGAGUAUUGAUUAUCGCGCGUUUCCGAAUACCCCCAAUGGUUAUGCCCCGGUCCAUGUUGCCUGCCCGGAAGACCGACCUAGUAUUCGAAGCGCUUCGACACUCUCCUCCGAAGAAACAUCCUGUAACUCAUCCAACCUACCUAAUAUUGGUAUUGCCAUAUCGGGCGGCGGCUUCGAUGCAUUCAUGAAUGGUGCCGGUGCUCUCAAGGCCUUGACAACCGCACCGAGGGUGCAACUGCUAAGGGCCAGCUCGGUGGCCUACUGCAGUCGGCCACUUAUGUUUCAACUCUUAGCGGAGGUUCCUGGCUGCUCGCGCCCGGCUACCGUGAACCCCCUACAAUUUUGGGGUAAUAUCACUGCCCAAGUCAAGGCAAAGGAGGAUGCUGGUUUUGUGACCAGUAGCCCAGAUUUCUGGGGUCGGAUACAAGGCUAUUUUUCCUUCAAUGCUAGUCACGGUGGAGUCGACCUUACCUGGUCCUCAAUUGCAAAGACCCAGGCCUUCCAAGAAGGGGAUAUGCCAUUGCCUCUAGUGGUUUCUGAUGGUCAAUACUUUGACAAGUCCGAAGACUUGCCCACCUUGAAAGAACCGGUCUAUGACUACUCUCCUUGGGAGUUCGGCACUUAUGACCACUCUAUCUAUGGAUUCGCGCCACUAGAAUAUCUAGGGACUCGAUUUGUGAAUGGGGUAGUUCCAGAAAAUGAAACUUGUGUGCGUGGCUUCGAUAAUGCUGGGUUUAUCACCGGUACAUCCAGUGACACAUGGAAUGAGAAUAGAACGGAUAUCGCCGCCAUCAUUCGCACUCAGAUUCUUCCUCUGCUACCGAGCAAUUCAUCUGAAGCAGAAUUAUUUUCCUAUGUUUUGAAAGACUAUCUUAGUGCCGUCGGCUCCACUAACUCAACAGUGAAUGGUCCUGCAGCCUACGAUCCCAGCCCAUUCUACCAAUACAACAAGGAUUCAUCACCAUUUGCGCAGGAUACGAGACUCACCGUAGUUGACGGUGGCGAGAAACUAGAAAAUGUUACAUUCAAUCCGCUUAUUCAGAGAAAGCGCAAUGUGGAUGUUAUCUUUGCUGUCGACACUACCAAUCACCCCUAUCCGCAUUACUGGCCCAAUGGCACAUCACUUGUUACCACGUAUGAGCGUACCCUUGGAGGGUUUGCCAACGAUACAUCGUUCCCUUCUAUUCCAGACAAAAACACCUUUAUCAACCUAGGCCUCAAUACACAUCCGACAUUUUUCGGCUGCAACAGCUCUAAUCUGACGACGCCGGCACCUUUGGUCGUCUACUUGCCCAAUCAUCCCGUUACCUACAUGUCGAAUAUGUCUUCGCAGGAAAGUGGUUUCACCAACGCAAAGCGCGACGAUGUCAUUUUGAAUGGCUAUAAUAUUGCCACUCAGGCCAAUGGUACGCUAGAUUCCAACUGGACCACUUGCGUGGGCUGUGCUAUUCUCAGUCGAUCGUUUGACAGAACCGAUACUGCUGUUCCAAAGGCUUGCAGCCAGUGUUUCCAACGUUACUGUUGGAACGGAACAAUCGACAAUCAAACUCCAUCAACCUAUUCGCCGUCGGUUAUUUUGCCUUCUUCGACUUUUGUUUCCGCCUCCACAUCUCCAACCGCUCAUAGCAUGAGUACCUCACUUUCUCCCGCUGCGUGGUCUUCCGCGGCAAUACUUGGGAUGGUUCUCCUCGCUGUCAUCUAA